UCUGCACGCCCAGGUAUAGCUUUAUUCUCGACUGCGCAUGCCUGUUCACUGACAGUCCAAACACAGACCUUCACUGAAGCUGAACGAAGCUACCACUGACAAAGGUCUCUAGGUUGGCAUCUGUGGACAAAGCUAUCGCUACGGUCAUCCAUAGAGUUCUACAGGACUAAACAAGAAGAAAAAGAAAGCCUUGAACGACCACAAUGACAGCCUGUGGACAAGUUUAUCACUAUGUCAUCAUGGUUGCGUUCCUCGUGCCUGUCUCCGGUAUAAGCAUUAGCCAAUGUCUUCAGGGCAGAGACAAGGACUCGUUGACCAUCACCUGUUUUGAUGUCAACGCCCCGUACAUUGAUAUUACAAAAGUCACCCUGGAAACUGUUAGCCUUUUAAGCCCCUGCAACUAUAACGCUACAAGGGCGCAGUGCUGUAGUGGGACCUCAACUUGCAAGUAUACAGACAUGGAUGUUUUCUCAGAGCUCUACACUCUAUGCUCAGGACUCGCUUUCUGCCGGAAAGAUUCGUGGAGAAGACUCUCGUCUGAACAAGGUUGUGACCAGAGCGCGUACCAGGCUUACGCCACAUUCUUGACUGUGGAGUACGAGUGUCGAAGAUCGACUCCUGUGAAAACCACAACCAUCCCGCAGCCAACCGCCGUCUACAGCAACGGGUUGACUGUAGGGCAACAAGCUGGUAUCAUCAUCUUUAUCAUGCUGAUGAUCGUACUGACGGGAGCAGGCAUUGUCAUAUAUAAAAGAAUCAAGUACGGACCCCCGGAAGAUUUUCGCAAGUUUUGUAGCAAACCACAAGUUUCUGAAACUUGUUCGGCCAGCAUACCAGGAAGCAUCUCCUGGACAUCGGCCGUAUCACAGGAUCUCAUCAUUGAGCCAACGACAACCGUCACCCAAAACAAAAGAAAACUUCCAACAUUGUCCACAGACAUAUUUUAAUGACAUUGCUGCCAACUAGGAUGUCGUCCAGACGGUCUUCAAAGUUAACUAACGGGGUCAUGUCAAAUGCCUUCUAGGACAGUGUAGCUCCCCCCCCCGCUUCACUUUCAGUUCCUCUCAUAUUAUAAUCGAAGACGAUAAAUUAUAAGGCAAGACAAGUCUAUACAAAAUGCACUCAUUUUAGUUGGUUUGUUUAGAUCAAAUGUUUUAAUUAAAACCCACACUAGAAGCCUCGUUAAGCCAUGGCGUAGUUCUAAUGAUAUGCUGUCGUGCUGAGACUUAGCCUUCUUGUCCGACUUCCUCCAAAACUAUCGGUGCCACUUUCAGGGGCUUUGGUGGAACUAAUUUGCAUCGCUUUUAAAAUAAUGCUGAGAUAUUUUUUUAUAAUUUACUAUUGCGAAAGUUUACAGGUUAAUAGUAAAUAUCUUAUUUUAAAAUGACUAUUCCUUUGUUUUCAUCUUAUAAUUUAGAUUUAUAGGUAAAUUGCUUUUACCAAGUAGUUCUAAAACAAAACCAAAAAUACAUCAUAUUUUCCGCAGGUUUAAUACAUUAAACUGCACGAUUUCUUUGUUAUAUUUAUAUCUGUUAUUUCUAGAAGCUUCAAUUGAGAAAACUUACAGCCUUAAAAGUAAAUCACUAAUUUGACAUUUCAGAAAAUGUUUAAAGAGGGCGUAAGUUCUGAACAGAUCGUCUCCUUUUAGAUCUUUUGUGUCCUUCGACAACAGGUUCAACGUAUGUAAAAUAUUAUUAUCAUCCUGAAACCACCUUAUCAUCUCUGUUUCAAUGACAGAUUUUCAGUCAAUGUGGUGGAAAAAAACUUUAAAAAAAAAGCUUUUCGUGUAUCUGGUGUACAAAAAAAUACAGGAGGUGUUGAAUAACAUAUGUUCUAUACAGAUAUGUCAGUUGUCUUGCAUUUUUUUAAAAGCACUGCUGAAUCGAAUUUAUAAACAUUUCUGUUCGUAGCUAAUUUUUUUUAAAUGUUGUCAAUGUAGUAAGUUCGAUUUAGCGUCCUCGACAUAAUGUAUCGUGACAAUCCACAUUGCAUGUAAAUAAUGUAGCCAUUUCAAUACUAUUCAAAUGUAGCAAAAGUUAUUUUUUAACUUAUCAAUGACAUUGCUCCAUUGCCAAUCUGUUGUUAUGUUAACUCAUUGAUUUACUGCUGCAAGUCCGAAACUUGAUUUUUAAAGUUAAUACUUCUUGUUCUUUGGAUUGGGAUUGUGCUGCUUGAACACUGAAAUGUGUAAGGUUGUUUUUUUUUAGCUUUCAUACGACAUGACUAUUAGCAUACUUGUCACAUUCACUAUAGACAACAUGACUAUUAGCAUACUUGUCACAUUCACUAUAGACAACAUGACUAUUAGCAUACUUGUCACAUUCACUAUAGACAACAUGACUAUUAGCAUACUUGUCACAUUCACUAUAGACAACAUGACUAUUAGCAUACUUGUCACAUUCACUAUAGACAACAUGACUAUUAGCAUACUUGUCACAUUCACUAUAGACAACAUGACUAUUAGCAUACUUGUCACAAACACUAUAGACGA